AUGGGGAAAAAUAGUGUGACAGAGUUCAUUCUCUCAGGGCUGACAGACUGCCCGGAUCUGCAGGUCCCUCUUUUCUUAGUUUUCUUGGCGAUGUACGCUGCCACGCUCUUGGGAAACUUUGGCAUGAUUGUAUUAAUCAGGAUGGAUCUUCACCUUCACAUUCCCAUGUAUUAUUUCCUCAGCCACCUGGCUUUUGUUGACAUUUGCUAUUCCUCUGUAAUCAUCCCCAAAAUGCUGAUCCACAUCUUGGAAGAGGAGAAAACCAUUGGUUUCUCAGGGUGCGCAGCCCAGCUGUGCUGCUUUGUUGUCUUUGGGAUUGCCGAGUGCCUUUUGCUGGCUGUCAUGGCAUAUGACAGGUAUGUGGCCAUCUGUAAGCCCCUCCUGUACCCUGUCAUCAUGUGCAGGCAGACAUGUGGAUGGCUCGUAGUUGGUUCCUAUGCAGUCAGCAUGUUGCAUGCAGUGACGCAUGCCACUUUCAUCUUUACUUUUUCCUUCUGUCAGUCCAAUAUGAUCAAUCACUACUUCUGCGAUAUUCCCCCACUCAUAGCUCUUUCCUGCUCUGACACCCACACCUACAAGGUUGUUGUCUUUGCUCUUGUCAGCAUAAAUUGUCUCAGCACAAUGACAAUCAUCUUUGUCUCCUAUAUUUAUAUCCUUCCUGCCAUCCUGAGGAUCUGCUCUCCAGAGGGCAGGAGAAAAGCCUUCUCCACCUGUGCCCCCCACCUAUUGGUUGUCACUGUGUUUUAUGGGGCGAUUUUGUUCAUGUACCUGCGCCCCAGCUCCACCUAUGCAUUGGCCAAGGACAAAGUGGCCACACUGUUUUACACAGUCAUGACUCCCAUGCUGAACCCCUUGAUCUACAGCCUGAGGAACAGGGAGGUGAAGGUUGCUGUGAAAAGAGCAGUUCGGAGACUGCAAUAA